CGAUUUAUGAGUGUAAAAACCUUGACGAUUUGGCUCAUUUAGUCGAUGACUUUCUAAUAUUUAUUUUUGCGAUUUUUCUCCUAAAUUUUAAAUCUCAAAAACUUUAAUAUUUUAUUCGCCAGUGCCUUAAAAAAGGAGGAAAAGAUCAAAAUGUUUAAUAACUUAUUUGGAAAAAAGCCAUCAGUUAAGGAGCAACAACGGGAUAAUGAUAGGGCUCUCAGGAAAGCCGGCAGAGACAUAGAGAGGGAAAGGAAAAAAUUGGAAAUGGAAGAGAAAAAGUUGGAGAUGGAAAUUAAGAAGAAUGCUCAGGCUGGGAAUAAGGAAGCCUGUACGCUUCUGGCCAAACAACUCGUCCAACUGCGAAAGCAGAAGAAUCGCACAUAUGCUGCCAAUAGCAAAAUCACCAGUGUUGGCUUCCAGAAUAAGACAAUUGGAGCCAAUAUUGCCCUUUCUGGAGCAAUGGCAACCACGGCAAAGACCAUGUCUGACAUGAAUAAAGUAAUGCGCCCGGAGAAAUUAGCCGGAGACAUGCGAGCUUUCCAGCAGGCAAAUAUGAAGAUGGAGAUGACGGAUGAAAUGAUUAACGAUACGAUGGACGAUAUAUUGGCUGAAUCUGAUGAUGAGGAAGAAACUGACAAGAUUGUUGGCCAAGUUCUCGAUGAAAUUGGCAUUGAAGUCUCCGGGAAAAUGUCUGAGGCUCCCUCAGCUAUUUCCGGCACAAUUGGGGAAUCUUCACGGGUUGCAACGGAAAAGGACAUUGAAUCACAGUUGGCAAAAUUACGAUCAUCCUAGAGGAUCUCGUUCAUUUCUGACCACACAAAGUCGAUUCAAUGUUUUUUUAUUUUAUCCAAAAAUCUAAGCCCUAAGUUAGGUAUUGUGUUUUAGUAUUAAAAUAUUCCAUCAGCUUUUUUUUCUGAAUUGAAUUCAACAUUGUAAAUAUUGUAAAUUUCCAACAACAAAAAUAUUAAAAAAGAAAACAUUUAAAAGACUUCUUUUUUUCUAAAUUUUGCUAUGGAAUUUAUUUAAAACAUUUUUUUCUCUAGAAUAUUUUCGCUGUUGCGAUGUUAGAAAAAACCUGUAAGGUGUAUUCUAUAUGAAACAUAAGAUGUACGUUAGGAGAAAACCCUUUUAAUGCGAGAAAGAGGAGGGAAUUAAAUUUUUGGCCCUGGCUCUUUUUCAUUAUUAAUUUUUGUUAAUAAAUUUGCAUUUUGCAAAUUA